CUGAGCCGCAACUGCGAACGGGAAGUGAGACCGGAAGUACCAGCUGCAUCUGGGUAGACUGCGACCCUUUGACGGCUGGUUUGCUGAAGAUACAUACCGGUACUUUCACCGCACGAUUACGAUGUAGCGAUUUAGUGCUCCAGACGCAACGGAUUUGGUAGAGGAAGGGCUCUCCUCCCCGCCAGGGUUAGCUGCUAUGGCACUCGUUUCAAAGAUAUAAAAAGGUUGCUCUCCUAGCCAGAUCAGGCGCGCACUACGGAAGACAUAGCUCCGUAGCAGUUUGUUCUUGACGUGAGCCUCGAAGCUUCUCGCAUCCGAUCAUACCCAUCACCAUGCCCGCCUUCGUUGAGACUGGGGCCAGACAGGCAGGCCCCAAAAAACUCGUCCUCUGCUUCGACGGUACUGGCAAUUCGUUCAGUGGUUCCAACGCGGACACGAAUGUCGUCAAGAUUCUGAACAAGCUGGAGCGUAACGAACCUGGCCAGUUCCAUUACUAUCAAACCGGUAUUGGGACGUAUGACGUCGAUGAGAAAUCUGUGCACAAGACGAAGAUCGGUGAGAUACAAAGCUCCAUCUCGCAGACAAUUGAUCAGGCAAUCGGAACGACUUUUGACCACCAUGUCAUGGCCGGAUACCGCUUUCUGAUGCGUUACUACGUCUCUGGCGCCAAGAUCUACAUGUUCGGGUUUAGUCGGGGUGCUUUCACUGCCCGGUUUCUCGCACGCAUGAUCCACACCGUGGGACUGCUUUGCAAGGGCAAUGAGGAGAUGGUGCCUUUUGCCUACCGUCUCUACCAACGCUACUUGGCAGGCGAGACCGAGGAUUUUGUUAAGGCAUCGUCCGGAACACAACGGAAUAAAGACAUUGACGUUGAUGAGCAGACUAGACAGAGCGACACCCUUGAGCAUCACCACGGCCAAGGCUUCGAGCUUGCCCUAGAUAAGAUUGCAGCUUUCAGCCGCACCUUUUGCCGGAAGGAGUUUACAGAUAAUGACGGAGUCAUGGAGGCGAGCAACAUCAAGGUCUACUUCCUCGGAAUCUGGGACUGUGUGAACUCGGUCGCAGUUCUGGAGCGUAGUGCGCCGAUUCCGCAGCCGGUGAAGGGUACAGCGCACCAUGUCCGUCAUGCUGUUGCAGUCGACGAGCGACGAGUGAAGUUCAAGGCUGCUCUCAUGACACAGGACACGAGCUGCGUGACGCAGAACGACGAGGAUAUAAAGGAGGUCUGGUUCCCUGGCUGCCACGGCGACGUCGGAGGUGGCUGGCCCGCGGCUGAGAACAACCCACUGGACACAAGCAACAGGCAAGGCAUGUCGUGGUGGCAGCGUGUUAAGAGCAUCUUCACAACACGCAAGGCCAAGGCGGCUACCAGAGAUGUCCGCUUGGACCUUUUCCAGAUGAGCGACAUUCCGCUCGCCUGGAUGAUCCGCGAACUCGAGCUGCUGGGCGAAGAAGAACCCUCGGCAGCACUCAAGUGGUGUACCAGCGUCCAUGGUUUCAAAAGAGCUUUUCAGGAGAAGAAGAGGCAGGCGUUGUCGGGUCUCAUCCAUGACUCUCUCUCUUUUGGCACUGGCACGGGGAUGUUCACCGUUCUUCUGUGGAAGCUGAUGGAAUUCCUGCCCAUCAUCAAGCGAUGGGAGCUCGAGCGUGAGAAGUGGGUGAAUGUCCGUUUCCCGCUCAACAAGGGCUCUACUCGUGACAUCCCGCGCGAUGCGCUGCUACACACUUCGCUGCUAUCGCGGCUGCAAAAUGAUGAGAAAUACUGCCCGCCCAACAAUCAUGGGGGCCAGCUGCUACCUUGUCUUAAGCACAAGGGUACCGUGACAAACUUUAUUUCGAUUAUGGAGGACGGAAAGAUCGCAGACCCAGACCAUCAACUUUACACUUUUGCCAGAACUGACUGACUCAAACAUGGAGACAAAGCAGAGAUCUAGAAGACGUUAUAUCUGCUCCGAGGAUAUUUGAAUAACGGUGGAGCGAGGUAUAGCGAUAUCGUCCGGUAGAAUAACACUUCUAUCGUAUUAAUACUCAUAAGUCAGUAUGUACCAGUGUCUCGAAAGUGUAUUGAGACCCCGCGGUCCGCCGAUCUCCGCGAGUUAUAUGGCGGCAAUCUCAUCCGUUGUGACCGUCUCGUAACGUGGGCGCAAGAAGACCAGCAUCUCUUUAGCAGCGGCUCUCGGAUCUUCCAUAUCCGUGAGCGGGGCGCACAUCACGACCUGUUGUUCAAAAAGUGCUUGCGCUGCC